CCGUUAUAUAAAUAAAGCUCUCCCGAUUAUAACAAGGAACGCCUCCAAUGCUGCUUCUGGUAGCUUCUUCUUCCUCCUUCUACUCCUAAAUCGCAUUGAGAACACUCUACUGUUCAGUUCCUUCCAGGUCCAAUCAUCGCAGCUAUUGCACACUCAAACUGAUCUGAUACUUCCUCUGUUCCGAGCUCUCUACUUCAAUCUUCAACAAUGGCGACCGUGAUGCAGAAGAUCAAGGAUAUCGAAGAUGAGAUGGCAAGGACUCAAAAGAAUAAAGCAACUGCUCAUCACUUGGGUUUGCUCAAGGCUAAACUUGCCAAGUUAAGGAGAGAUCUCCUUACACCUACGACGAAAGGAGCUGGUGGUGCUGGUGAAGGAUUUGAUGUUACCAAAAGUGGAGAUGCAAGAGUUGGCUUGGUGGGUUUUCCAUCAGUUGGGAAAUCUACUCUAUUGAAUAAAUUAACAGGGACCUUUUCAGAGGUUGCUUCCUAUGAAUUCACUACCUUAACUUGCAUCCCAGGUGUGAUUGGGUACCGAGGUGCUAAAAUUCAGCUUUUGGAUCUUCCGGGAAUUAUUGAGGGUGCAAAGGAUGGAAAGGGUAGAGGAAGGCAGGUUAUAAGCACUGCUAGGACUUGCAAUUGCAUUUUAAUUGUUCUUGAUGCAAUAAAGCCAAUAACUCAUAAGCGCCUGAUAGAGAAAGAGCUUGAGGGAUUUGGCAUAAGGUUGAACAAAGAACCACCUAAUCUAACGUUCAGAAAGAAAGACAAAGGUGGAAUUAAUUUUACCUCAACAGUUACUAACACACAUCUGGACCUUGAUACAGUGAAGGCAAUUUGUAGUGAAUACAGGAUUCACAAUGCUGAUAUCACUCUUAGGUUUGACGCAACUGCUGAUGAUCUCAUAGACGUAAUUGAGGGAAGUAGGAUAUACAUGCCUUGCAUCUAUGUUGUGAACAAGAUCGAUCAGAUUACUCUUGAAGAGUUGGAAAUUUUGGAUAAACUUCCACAUUAUUGUCCAAUUAGUGCUCACUUGGAGUGGAACCUCGAUGGUUUGCUUGAUAAAGUAUGGGAGUAUCUUAAUUUAACUCGAAUUUACACAAAACCUAAAGGGAUGAAUCCUGAUUACGAAGACCCUGUAAUUCUAUCAUCCAAGAGGAGAACAGUUGAGGAUUUCUGUGAGCGAAUUCACAAGGACAUGCUUAAACAGUUUAAAUAUGCUCUGGUUUGGGGGUCUAGUGCGAAACACAAGCCCCAGAGAGUUGGCAAGGAGCACGAGUUGGAAGAUGAAGAUGUUGUCCAGAUCAUAAAAAAGGUGUGAAAUUGGCAAAUCAGAUGACCUGUUUGCCUUUUCACAUUCAUGAUCAGAAACCGGUUGCAAGUGUUGUCCUAAGAAUAGUUAAGAUUUGAAAUAUCAGAGCAGGCCGCACUAUUCCUACUCAUUUUUGUUUUUUGUUUUCAAUUAUUCAUUCUAGUUGAACUACCACAAUAUGGAGACUGCUUGAUAUGUAAAUUUAUUAGUUUUAUGGUCAAGCAAAUCUUCUAGAAAGUGUAACCAUUUUGACUGACUGUAUUUGAUGAUGUAAUGAAGAUUGAAUGAACUACAUGGAUGAUGAUGAUGAGCUUUCCAAACACAACUCGGUAGCUAGGGAUUCAAAUUCGGAUGUUAUUAGCCCUCUUAUUAAAUUUUCUGAAUCCUUGCAAAUCGUUUCAAGAGUAAUGUAUUAUAUAUUGAACUGACUA